AUGGUAGUCGUUGAAAUGUAUUGUCGCGAACAAAUCGCGAUUCCAGAGCAAUUGCCAUUGAUUCUCAAGAAAUAUGCGAAAGCCGUUAUUCGGACUCAACCUUACGAUCUCCUUCGUUGGUCAGCUGCUUACUUUCGUUGUCUCGCUUUAGAGCAUGUUCCUCCUGCCAAGCUUCGUUUCGAGCCGGAUCAGAAUUACGGGAGCUUAACUCGUGGUUAUGUUCGAACGUUGCUCGAGCAACUCGGAAAAGGAUAUUUUGUGAAGCGUGAGUUGCUGUUGAAUGUUUGGCAAGGUUUGUGUCUCCCCGAAGAGCAACUUUACGAUUUUUUGUCCUUAUGUCGCAUGUUGCAUUGGUCCCAAGUGCAUUGGUUGAAAUUAAUUGCCGUCAUGAUCGGAGCUUUGAAUAAAGAUUUGCCAGGAACGAUGAAAAUGAUUUGUGAAGUGCUCACUGAUGAACCUGAAGGCAGUCCAGCACCGAUUCCGUUGUGGAUGUUCCGUGUUUGUUACAAAUUUGUUGCGGAAUUGGAUUGUUCAGACACGCAAUGUUUCAUCGAUGGACAAAAGUUGCUACCUGGCGAUGUCCUUGAGGAAGAAGAAGAGGUCACUGAGCCACCGCAAGUUCAUAAAGCAGCAAUUUUUCAGCAACUUUUAAUCGACGAAUGGAAAUCUCGCAUGAAAUACGAUGAUUUUGCAGCUCCCGAGACACUUGACUCCCAAUCCAAAAGUGAAACUGAUCCAGAAACUGCUUCAAUUCUGCCACGAGUCUCAUCCAGCUUCAAAUUCGUUGGAAAUUUCGCUGAUCCAGCUGAAGUUUUGAGACGCACGCCUGAUUUUGAGUCCGUUAUUCUCUUAUUACAAGAAGAAAUUGAGAAUAUACAGAACGAAUGUUCCUCGAAAAAAGUCGAAGAGAUCCUGGAAAAGAGACAAAAGUGCGAUCGUGAAACAAAAAUAGCGGAAAAUGACAAAAACGAAGAAUAUUUGUCGAAAAUUGGAGCUCCAUGGACUUGGAUAAGCUCAUUUUCCGACCACAAUUGUCCGGAAAGGUCCUUUAACUUUAUCGAUGAUUCGGUAAAAGCUCCUGAAGAGUUUCCCGCUGAAGAAUGUUGCACCGUUGUUGACUCCAAACACUUCACGGGCGAUGAAUCUCGGUCAAAAACGUUCAUUUACGACUCAAAAUCUCGCAAUUCGAGUCGAUCUUUUUCACGUGGCUCAGAAGCGCCUGAAAUAGCGAAAAAAGAGGAAAAAACCACGGAUAAAAUUGUUGAAAUUUUCGAGGAAAGCGGCUUUGAUGUCGACAAUAAAUUAUUGGAGAAGAAAUUUUCGGAAACGAUGAUUCUUGGACUUGUUCAAAAACCGGCAACAACUCCGCCGGGACAGGAAUCGGAAGCGCCAAAGUCUCUCGAGAGCAAAGAUACUACAAUUGGAACUGUUGCAAUGACGUCACAAGAUGAGCUUCAAACGAAAGACGAAACAAGUCAAACGACGCCGAUGAAAGAACGAGAAAAGCUAUCGGAAACAUCGCUUCAGAAAACUUCGACUCAAGGUGAAAAAGAGUCUAACGUUGGACCAGCUGAUGAGUUACACAAAUCCAUUCUGCCUCCGUUGCCCGGAAUAGGUCCAAGUGUUUCUCUAGAGACUUCGGAGAGAUUUUUGCUCUAUUUGAUGCGACGCGCAAGACAACAAGGUGGCAUGGUUUUCCCGCGUAACUGGCAAGAGCAUGAUUGUCCCCCGAUGACAGAUUAA